AUGAGGUAUGUCAACAAGGGGCCCCUGUUUAUUGAUGUGCAUAUGCAUAAACCAACAGUAGCAGCUAGGACAUACAUGGAUUCGUUGUUGGCGUUUUGGCCUGGAAUACAGGUGCUGAAGGGCGAUCUGAAGGCGGCAAUCGAGUUCCACGAAACGCUUUAUCAGGUCAUCAAGAGGCACAAAUUUCUCCCAGAAGCGUUCACGCAUGACUUGCAAGUUCACUGGGCCGAGCAUCCAAUUCGUCCUGAAUUCAUCGAAAGCACAUACCUGUUGUAUCGAGCAACCAAAGAUGAGCACUAUCUUCGAGUGGCCAAAGACCUUAUGGAUAGCAUGAAUCAGUUUCUGCGUGUGGAAUGUGGCUUUGCUGCUGCUAAGGAUAUUCGUUCGAUGAGUCACGAAGAUAGGAUGGAUUCGUUUGUGCUUUCGGAAACACUCAAAUACCUAUACAUGAUAUUCACGGAGCCUUCAGAUCUGUACAUUGACCCACAUAAUUAUGUGCUUACAACCGAAGCUCAUUUCAUACCUCUUUCAAUUGCUGAUGCCGAUAGCGAUGGCAAACUCCCUCGACGCCUGAUAAUCGAUCCCGACGAAGUGAUCGAUGAUGAAGAAGCAAUAACAAACAAGAAGUUCCGCUCCGCAUGUCCUGUAGUAAGCGAGAAAUUCGAUAAUUUGCAAGCUUACGCAAAAGAUUUGCGUGACGGCGUCCAAAGUGUUGUUGAUGAGCUAACGAGGAGUACGCACAGUUCCGGAAGCUGUCCCAAAAUUCCAACUCGUUUGAAUGCCUGGACAUUCAGUGUAACAAAUCGUGAGCAUAUACAGCAGUUGAAGCAAAUGGGCAUACAAAUGCAUUUUCAAUCGGACGGGCGCAUGCAACUCAGUCAUUCGCCAGAAUCGGGCGAAGCGAGUGAAUUCACCACCGAUGCGGCAGCAGCAGCCGAACUUUCUAAUGCUUGCAUGCUCGAUUCCAGCACCACCACCACGGCAGAGAGAAUGCCAUCGCAUGUGUACGUAGUGCACCCGUCGCAUGCUGCCGUUACCCAGAUGCUCUCAAUGAUCAUGCUUGUUAUCCUCUUGUGGCUUGCCGUCAUGUCCUCUGCUGCCUUUCUUGUUUGUAUCUUUGCCAUAGGCUAUAGACUGAUGAGCCGAAAUGUUCGUGCUGUGUGGUCUGGCAAGUAUCAGCCACGGGCAACUUGGUUCGAGCGGAUUAUCAGACGAAUCAGGCGACUGACGAGGAGGCUGAUUAUGAAAAUGAUGAGAAGAAUUAUGGGGCUGUAA